AUGGCUGGGUUUUCUUUCAAUGGAACCUGCACAGCAUACAGAUUUGGCAAGAAACUCUGCUCCUGUUCGACGGAAGAACCAGUCAUUUACGUGACCAACUCCAGUAUUUCCUACGAAACUCCUCCAAGUGUUCCUUUCAGCGCUGCUGCUGCUCCCUACGUCAACGUCACUGUUGAGAACACCGGAUUUAAGCUGUACCAGCUCGUGAAUGUCGUCCAAGCUGUCUUUCAGCCAAAUAUUAUACCGCCAUCUGCCGUCCCAGGGGUAGCACCGAACCUCCACCUCUUUCCUCAAGACAAUGGCACCUACAGAGGUGUUUUUACAGCUGAACUGGACGUGGCUUCUUGCGUCACCGACUCUCCUUGCGGAAUAAUUGUCCUCGUCUCCGUGACAUACCCAGCUUACAACCUGCUGAACGAAUGCGGCAGGACCAUUGAACUUACGGCUGACCUCUCCAAGGCUGUCAACGUUUAUGUGUACUCACACCCUGGAUUCGGGUGCAAGGCAUUCCCCGACGGUCCGACCUACAACUGCACCGUUACUUUCACAUCAACCUUUUCUAAUUUUGGGUAUCAAUUUUUUGGAAAAAAAUUCGAUACUGCCACUGCCUGCGACGGCUACUCGCUGCGCGUUACUGACGGUACCAAGCUCGACGCAGAUAUGUGCACUGAUAACGUGGGCGGAAAAGGCAAUACAACAUUCACUCUGCAAGGCCAGGCGCUGGCCAAGACCUUCAAGGCGGGGUUCUACUUGAGAUUCGCGAAGUAAUUGUGCCCCGUUUACCCCAUCGCCACCCAACGCGUCCCCCCAUCACAGCAAAAUCACAUACAUGAUCACGGCAGCCUUCACCUCGAGCGGGGGAUUACAAUUCCACGCAAACUAGAAUUUAUAUUCUUCUGAAGUCAUAUUUUGAAGUUAUUUGUUGUGACUGCGUGUCAGAAAGGGAUGUGACCGCACCUCAGAGAGGGAUGUCACUUAGAGGCAGAGGUAAUAUGAACUGCAAUUGAAAAAAAUCAGAAAUAAUCAGAAAUACCUCAUAGAAAAUGAUCGGGCCGCUGGACUUUUGGCAAUGCUGGACUUGCCAACCUUGAAGACGUUAUGUGAUGCCGCGCACGAGUGCUGUUACUUUAGCUGUGUGAAGUGGUGAUGCCACGCACGAGUG